UUUUAUCAUAUUUACAGGGAAAAAUGUUCUCAAAAAGGGGAUUGAUAGUCAAAAAUCAACAUGGCUGGCUUUAACCUCCGUGUGUGAAAAAGAAUGAAGGCAUGGCGACAAAAAGCUUCAUCAUUUUGAAUUACUACUAUUCUUAAUCUUAUUAUUAUGAUCAUCAUCAAUCCAUCAUCAAAAUCAAUAUCCCAAAACGCCGUUUUUUUGACAAAAAAAAAAAGAAAAAGGUAAACACUUUGGCUGAUUAUUGUCCAUUUGCCCUUAUUCAAUUCAUACACGGAAAUUAUAGUUUUUUUUUUUACAGAUAAUCCAGUCAAAAUUUGAACUUUCUUUUAAUCAAUCCCAUGCAAAUAUUUCCAUAUUUAUUUGCAUAUUAUCAUAUCAUAUCAAUUUCCCCUCUGUAUAAGAGAUAUUACUUAAUAUAUAUAUUAUAUAGAUUGAAUUCCUUCAUCUUCUUUUUCAUCGUCUUCUUCGAUCAUAGGAUUCUGGCUAGCUUUCUCCAGGCAUUUUUUGCUGUUGUACAUUUUUAUCUUCUUCUGGUUUUGCUAUUAACUUUCUGGGCGUUGUACAUUAUUACAAUUAUUAUUGAAAAAUAGGUAGUGGGUGGUGGAAUAUUAUAAAGAAAAAAAAAAGAGGAAGAAAUUCUGGUUUUCUGGAGGAAAACCAAUUGCCCACAAGUUUUUGUCGGAGUCCCCCCCCUUUGUGAUUUUGUCACCUUAACUGAUCUAAUUAUUUUUUUUUCCCCUCUUUUGAAUCACCCCUAAAAUUUAACCUAGAUUCCAGAUUUUGGUGAUUUUUCUGGUUUCUGCAGUGAUAAUCUGAAAAGGGCUGUUGAUUUUGGUGUUUUUUUUUUUUUGAGGGAUAGAUUUGAUAUUGAUAUUUUGACCCAGAACGUGCUUUCAAUCUAGUGUGUGUAUUUUUCCUGCUAUAUUUUUCUUUUUCUCUCUUUAUGAUUUUUCAUCCACUCUGAACUAUACGUUUGGAAUCAUAAUCAAAGACGUGUUGAGCUGUUACCAUUUCUUCUCUUUCUCUUUCUCUCUCUUCCAGUCUUCAUUCACAUCAUUUUCCAUCUCCCACACUUGUAGUCUGUCUCUUAACAAUUACACUCAAAUACAAUAUUACAGAAAAGAGAAUAGUGAAAAAAAUACUAUAAAAUUUUCUUUUGUAGUUUGAUUUUUCAUCUGCAAAAAAAAAAAAAAAAAAAACCUCCCCUUUUGCAAGCUGUAAAUUGAUUGUGGAGUUUGGCCUCUUUUUGUAGUUGUGAGUUCUUCUUUCUCUCUUCCUUACUCCCCCAUUCUUAACCCCAAAACACCACCAGCUAUUUCUAUUACAUUUUUCAAAUCUGUCAUUCCCUUAUAAGCUCCCUUACCAAUGUCUCCAUGUUUUAGAGACGCCUAGCAACUUCUAAACAUCCCACGCGUCCUUCUCCUUUUAUUCUUUUCCCUCACAUUCUCCCAAAUGCCAAACGGGAUAUAAUAGAAACAUUUUGGAAAGUUCAUUAUAUUUAUGUUGUUGUUGGUUUUGUUUAUAAACAAUUGAGCUAGUUCCAUUUGAAAAACAAAAUUUUCUGAGCUUGAAGAAGUUCAUCCCUUUUCUUUGAGCCUCUCUGCAGAGGCCCUGAAUUCCCUAUAAAGUUUCAAUCUUUGUUUGUUUUAGCUUAUCUGGGCUGUCAUCCCUUUAGCUUCUUCCUACAAUGGCACCAUCGUUUGACUGGUGGGGUAAAGAAAGCCAUAGGGGUACCCCUGUGGUUGUGAAAAUGGAGAACCCUAAUAAUUGGUCCAUGGUUGAGCUUGAAGGUCCUUCAGAGGAUGAUUUUCUUGAUGAUUUGUCAAUGCGCCAUCACAGUAUUGAAAAGGGUCGGAACAAGAAUGCUAAGCAGCUUACUUGGGUUCUCCUUCUCAAGGCUCAUAAAGCAGCUGGUUGUUUGACUUCUAUAGCUUCUGCAUUGGUCAGCCUUGCUGCUGUGGUCCGCCGCCGGGUUGCUUCCGGCCGGACUGACACCACCGACAGUAUAGCUUCUGAGAAUCCGGCUGUCAAGUCUCGGUUUUACUCUUGUAUAAAGGUUUUUCUUUGGUUAUCCAUCCUCCUGCUUGGUUUUGAAGUAGCUGCGUAUUAUAAAGGUUGGGACUUUGGUGCUCCGGAUCUUCAAUUACAGUAUCUGUACACUCUGGCCAACCCAUUAUCUGUUAAGGGCUUGUUUGAUUCGCUUUACUCGAAAUGGAUUAUGAUUAGGGUAGAGUAUCUGGCUCCCCCUCUGCAGUUUUUGACAAAUGCCUGUAUAUUGCUCUUCCUCAUUCAGAGUGUGGAUAGAUUAGUUUUGUGCUUGGGAUGUUUGUGGAUUCGUUUGAGAGGGAUCAAGCCAAUUGCCAAGCUGGAUUCAGCGGAUCUGGAGUCUGGCGAUGGUGGUGGUUACUUUCCUAUGGUUUUAGUUCAGAUCCCUAUGUGUAAUGAAAAGGAGGUUUACCAGCAAUCUAUUGCUGCAGUGUGUAAUCUAGACUGGCCUAAAACCAAAAUUUUGGUCCAAAUUCUGGAUGAUUCUGAUGAUCCCACUACUCAGACCUUGAUUAAAGAAGAAGUGCACAAAUGGCAGCAAGAAGGUGCUAACAUUGUCUAUAGACAUAGAGUAAUUAGGGAAGGGUACAAGGCCGGCAACCUCAAGUCUGCCAUGAAUUGUAGCUAUGUUAAAGACUAUGAAUUUGUUGCAAUUUUUGAUGCUGACUUUCAGCCGAACCCGGAUUUUCUGCAGCGAACAAUUCCCCAUUUCAAGGAUAAUGAGGAAGUAGGAUUGGUUCAGGCAAGGUGGUCUUUUGUAAAUAAAGAUGAAAAUCUACUAACAAGGUUGCAGAACAUCAAUUUGGCCUUCCAUUUUGAAGUAGAGCAGCAGGUUAAUGGGAUUUUCCUGAAUUUCUUUGGGUUCAAUGGGACUGCUGGUGUAUGGAGGAUAAAAGCUUUGGAAGAAUCAGGUGGGUGGUUGGAGAGAACUACGGUGGAGGACAUGGACAUUGCUGUCCGAGCUCAUUUACAUGGGUGGAAAUUCGUAUACCUCAAUGAUGUUGAGUGCCAAUGUGAACUGCCAGAAUCUUAUGAAGCGUACAGGAAACAGCAGCAUAGAUGGCAUUCUGGUCCAAUGCAGUUGUUUCGUCUAUGCUUGCCUGCUGUUAUUCAAGCCAAGAUCAGCGUCUGGAAGAAAUUCAACAUGAUAUUCCUAUUCUUCCUUCUCCGAAAGCUGAUUCUACCAUUUUAUUCCUUCACCUUGUUUUGCAUCAUCCUUCCGAUGACCAUGUUCAUUCCGGAGGCUACACUUCCUUCAUGGGUCGUCUGUUACAUCCCUGCUACAAUGUCUUUUCUCAAUAUACUACCGGCACCCAAGUCAUUCCCUUUCAUUGUGCCGUAUCUGCUGUUUGAGAACACAAUGUCAGUUACCAAGUUCAAUGCAAUGAUCUCAGGCCUCUUCCAACUAGGAAGUGCAUAUGAAUGGGUUGUCACCAAGAAAUCCGGAAGAUCGUCUGAGGGAGAUUUAAUCGCAUUGGUUGAGAAAGAAAAAGAAACAAAGCAGCAUCAUAGGGGAUCCUCAGUUCCCGAUUUGGAUGAAAUGAGGGAGGAAAUCAAACAACAAGAACAGAAGUCCCAAAAGAAGAAGAAGCACAACAGGAUUUAUACAAAAGAGUUGGCUCUCGCCUGCCUUCUUUUGACGGCUUCAGUGAGGAGCCUUUUGUCCGCCCAGGGAAUCCAUUUUUACUUCUUGCUGUUCCAAGGAGUAUCGUUUCUUCUAGUUGGAUUGGAUUUGAUCGGCGAGCAGGUUGACUAACUGAAAUGCUUCGGAUAUUCACAACAGAAGUAAAUAAUCACAGUCGGGAUGUGGAUACACACUGCAUAAUGAAGUUAAUUUAUAAGUGGACAUAGAAAGAAAAGGAGCUCGAAUUUGUUGGGGGCUCAGGCUUGAUAAUGUCUCCACAUUCUGUUGUGAAAAAUGCCCCACCUCGUGGCUCCUGGUGUCUCCUUCGCACUUCAGAAAGGGAAGUUGCCUAUGGAAAGACCUGUAGAAGUGGCUGCUGCAAGAAAAAGGAUGAGAAGCCAUCACAACUUAAAAAAUGGGUUCUGUUCAUUACUGCUGUAGAUUAGGCCUUUUGUCUUUCUUCUUUUGGUUUUCUUCUUUUUGGUCAUUUAUAAGUUUUCUUGAAUUCUUUGGUUUUUUUUUUGGUAUAUUCUUUUGUAAGAAGAAUUCAUCCCACCAAGUAUCAAUACACAGGAAAUUAGUCAUCACCAGUCAAAAUAGCUGGCGGUACAGGCUGUAUCCGCUAGAUUGCGUAAUAAUCUUCACAUUAAUCAUAUGUAUAAGAAACACUCUUUUCACAAGAGGGGAUGUACUCCCAGUACACUGUAGCUCUCUGAAUUGUUGUAAAUCUGAUUGAAAAUCACAAGCUUCUUCUCGAAUGGUCUUUCUUAUUUCUGUCGUUCUAUGUACUCUUGUUCUUAGAUAGCUUGACUGGAUGCUGAUCUGACAGGGGACCCGAUUUAUGGUAGUUGUUCUGUAAUAUUAUUCUUUCGGGCAAGUUUCUGAUUGAUCGUCGUCUAUCUUCCUCGGCGAAAUAGAG